AUGGCUGAAUCCAGCCCAGAUCCGCAAAUAUCCCCAGAGGAUUCUGCUCCGAUCUCCCCCACAUUCGUUAAACCUCCUAGCUCAGCGCAAUCUCCUUCGAAAGCCCGGGCCAGAUCGCGCGCCGACUCUGAAGAGUCGUCGAGACCUGGCAAGAAACCAAGGCUCGAAGGCCCUUUAAUGACUGCCGCCGCCGCAUUCGCCGAGGAACAACAGAGAACAUCUUCAUCUACGCCUCCCCCGACAUCUGGAACAAGUCCAAAUCCGUCCCACCAAGCCCGAAGUGCGCUCAUGGGCGCAAAUUCGAAUGUGACGAGCAAAGCUCCAGAGCCGACCUCAGACAUUCCCUCAGAUCCGGCAACUACAGUCAGCGAACCAUUAGCUGUGGUGGCGGAAAACAUUCAGCAACCGACUGGAUCUGUUCUGGAAGGCUCGGUUUCUGGAGACAACCAUGCAGCGCUAACUAGUCCCACGAGUAUGUCGAGUGGUGGAACACUGGGAACCCUAGAAGGCGUGGCAGCCGCCUCGGGUAUGACUACCACCGUGGGCAGUCCACUUGCGCUCGAAGACACAGUGCGUCAGGUCGUGAACGCAGAGGCAGGCUCUACCUCUCCUGGCGGUGUCGCAAAGACAGGGGCGCUCUCGUACCCGACCCCCUUCUUACAACCACAAGUAGCGGAGAACGCUGCUAGACGAGGGAUGAGCUUGCCUCAUUCCGGUACACGACAAGGUACAAAAUCUCCUUCCAGCAAAAAGCACAGAUGCCCCUACUGCGCCACCGAGUUUACUCGUCAUCACAAUCUGAAGAGCCAUCUGUUAACGCAUAGCCAAGAAAAACCCUACGUCUGCUCGACCUGCUCAUCGCGCUUCCGCCGACUUCACGACCUCAAGCGGCACACCAAGCUUCACACCGGCGAAAGACCCCAUAUCUGCCCCAAAUGUGGCCGCAAGUUUGCCCGGGGCGAUGCUUUGGCCCGCCACAACAAAGGGCCGGGAGGUUGCGCCGGACGGAGAUCCAGCAUGGGCAGUUUUGGUGGCGAAGAAGAGGCGGACGCGGACGAGUCAAUGGAGGGCGUGGUGUACGGCGAACCCGAACCUCUAGAGGAUGAAGAGGGUAAUGACAAACGACCGGGCAUCCGCCGACAAGCACCUUCAGGAGACGACACGCUGGACGAUCCCGGUCAUACGUCUCGAAUUCCGAGCACAUAUCCUCCGAUACAGGGCCGCCCUCCUGGAGGGAUCGCCAGUGGUCAGUUUCCACCUCGACCUGGGUUUAACCAACAAGGUCCGGGCCCCAGCAAUGCCCCCGUGCCUUCAUCUGCAGCGAUGCCGUUCCCACCCAUGUCCGGGUCAUCCUCCAGUUCGCGGCCCUCGGCUCCAGGUACCGUCUACCCGCAGAAUCCAAUGACAGAGAGUCCAAAACCUCUUUCGCCUGGUCAAGCGCAGAGGAGUGGCCAGGUCCCUGGAGGUGAUGGUAGCAUCGGUAGGAACCGUUCUCCCAGCACGACCUUUUACCCACAACCGCACGGACGAUCCGGCGGUGGUUCAGGUUCCUCUCUGGGUGUACCUUCGGGUGGUCCACAGCUGCCUCCUCCUCACACGCUAAACCCGCCGGAUGCAAGAUAUACCCUACCCAGUCAAGGUGGGCCAGCGCAUCCUCCUACGCAGCCUAGCGGGCCACCCACUCACAUGAGUGGAAGUGGUCCCUUAUCAUCCCACAGCAACAGUCUGUCGAGUCAUGGUCAUUCCGCCCAUGGCAGUGGAGACACAUCCAAAGCCAUAUUUGCGCAAGAGGAGCGAUUAUGGGCAUAUGUGACUAGCCUGGAGCAACGGAUCAACGGCAUGCAAGAAGAGAUUAAUUCGUUGAAGCAUCAACUGGCCAAUGCUACACAGCAACAACAGCAACGGGUUUGA